CUCAGAAAUGUGUGGAAUUGGCCAGACUUCAUCCAUGGAUAAUAAAUACUUUUCACUUUAUGUUGCUUGAUAAAGAAUUUGCUUCAUUAGUGUUGAAAAGAGAAGAAUUUAGAAUUGUUGAUUAUUUUGAAGUUGAUUCUGCUUUACACCAAUAUUUGGAAGGCUUAAAGAAGGGACGGUUGUCAAAUCUUAGAAUAGAAGAAAAAAAAGAUUGUGAAAAAUACAUAUUGGAAAAAAUCAGAAAAGAGAGUUCUACGCUCGCAGAAUUGGACAGGCAAUGUGAAGAUACCCAAGAAAAAUUGGAAUCUUGUUUAAAUUUGCUGAGAUUCACCAAUGAUUUUCUUGGACGAAAAUCUCCCAUUGUGAAUAAUAAUGAAGUUCUAAGGUUGUUGGAUAUCGUGAGAGAAACUGUUACCUGGAUCAAUAUGUUGAAAAUGAUUGAUCAGAAGAAUGUUGGAGAUGCCAUAAGGAAUUUGAUUGACCUGAUAACCAAAGGAAUUCACAAGAAGCCAGUGGAUAAAGAUGAAGUAGAAUAUUGGAAUGAGAUUUUAUCGAUUGAGUGGGGUGUAAACUGGGUAGCUGACACAUGGAAGAAUCGAUUAAUCCAUCAAGUUUCUGCUUCGAUUGACAAUCAUUUUUUGGAGAAAACAACCGCUCAUGGAAAAAUUGAUGUUGAGAGAUAUUUAGAUUUUUAUGCAAAUGAUCUAGAAAGUUUGUCACUGCAGGAAGAUCUUGAAAGAGUUAUAGAUCAAAAAGCUUAUAAAAGUGCAGAAGAUUUGUUGAAUGAUGUUGCAACGCAGAAAAAUGUCAUUGGAAAAUUGAUUGGUUGGUUCAAAGCAAAGGUUGGCUUUGAUGUUUCAUCACCAAAAGUUGCCAAAUUAUUUGGAAAGAUAUUUUUGAAAGAGUAUGACAAAGUGAAAGAAGUGAAAAAAUCGGAAUUGUCUUCAUCAAUAACUUUUCUUAUGAAUUGGUCUUUUUCAAAUAAGUUUUAUGAAGUUUUUGCUUCAAAUUCAUUUGAAAGUUUCAAGCCAUCAACAAGGAAUAUCAUUGAAAAAGUUUCAAAGGAUUUCAAUGAAGUCGUUAAAAGUUUGCAUUCUAAAACAAUUAUUGUGGAACAUCUUGAAAUUAUUUUAAGGGAUAAAGACAAGUUUUAUUUACUUGUGUCCGUUCUAUGUCCACAAAAGGUAUCCAGUUCAUCAGUUGACAAAUCUCUGACUGAAAAAAUAUCAGUUGAAAUCUGUGAAUAUUAUCUUGAGGUUUUUAAGUUAACCAAGUCGCAUGUUUUGGAUUUCAUCACCAUUUGCAAAUUGAUUCAAUUCGAUGGUUGGAUGUUAUUGCCACGGUUGGAUGUCAUGCAAUUUCAAGAUAAGAUGGAAAGAAAACACCAAAUGACAAAAAUAACAGACCUUGUAGAAAUUCAUGAAAAGGGAAAAGCAUCUAGUUUUGAAUAUUUUGGUUUAACCCAAGAGACACAUGAAGAGUUAAUACAGUUAGUUUUUUUAAAGGACAGUUGGAUAUUUCGUGGAUUGUUCAGGCAAUUUGUUGAUGAAACACCAACCAGAGAUGAAAUUAAUUCAUGGGAAAACAUUCUUGAUUUAUGGAAAACUACUAAAAAACGACUUUUAAAUAUUGUGGAGCGAAUUGAUGAUGGAAAUGUUACAUUGGAAGAAGUUACAACACAUUUUUUUGAACUGGGAGAAGAUGAAAAACUGAUUGACCAAGAAGUUGAUUUGCUUUAUAAAUUUUACUUGAAGGCUGUUCAAACUGAAGAUGAUGAUUCUUCAGCAAUAGAUCAUACUGAGAACAGUCUUAAAGGACACAAAUUAUCAACUCAUUUAAAACUCCGCCAAAAACAAAUUUACAAUGUAUUUCAAUCUCAGAAAUUCAAUGAUGCAAUAAAUAUAUUACUGGACUUGAAAGAAAUACUUGACUUCCAAGGAAAUUUUGUUGAGCUUUUGGAGAGAAAAGAAAUGAUGGAAAACCAAUCUGAAAAGCUGUUGAAAAGCAUUCCAGAAUUGUUAAAUCAUUCUAAAAUAUGUGAUAUUGAUGAACACAAGCAAAUCUUAUUGAAAAUGUUUGUGGAAAAUAUGGAGUUUGUUCAGUGGAUUCAAGAAUAUAUGAAAGACAUCAAGGAAUUGAAUACAUUUUGUGAAUUGGGGAUGAUUUCUGCUGGAGACAACACAAUUGACUUAGAUCGAAUUUCAUUUAUGCUCGGUGUGGUCAAUGUUUAUGCUCCAUUAAUAUUUUGGAAACAUUACAAUCCAACUGCAUUGGGAAAUGAGGAAGAUAGUGAAUCAGAAAAUUGCAAGGAACCCACAAAAGAAGAUAUGGGCUUUAAUGAUUUGUUGGAUAGAUGUGAUCAAGUCUGGAAACAUUCUCAAUCAAUUGACAACUUGUCUGAAAAAUGGGAAGAUACCUGCAAACAACUUCCAUGGUUUAAAGAUCUUGGACAACUCCAUGGUUCAAUUGAAAAAUUAUCAUUGACUCGGGCACAGGAGAUCAAUACUAGUGGAAUAUAUACAAUUGAAUGCAACGAAGAAGCAAUGCUACCAAAUUUGGAAAAUUGUUUGAAACUGUCUCUUCGUCAUAGUUCUCGGAACUCAGUUCAAGUGAUGAAUUUGGAGGAAUUGAGAGAUUUGCAAUCGAAACUGAUGUUGAUUGCGGGAGAAGCUGAACAAGGACGACAUGAAGUAAAUAUGUUCGUGGAAGUUCUGGCAUCUGUUGAAAAAUUAACCCAAGUUUAUGUCAACUUACUUGCCUCUGGAUGUAUGUUAUUUUCCAAUUGGAGUGCUAAUAUCAUCUGCUGUGAAAGCAAAGCGAACAAAAAUCUCCUGCUACAGAUAAAAUUUGCAAAUAAUAUUUCACCUGUUUGUGAAAACAUGGAUUGUUUGGACUUGAACAAACUUACUAAAAUUAUGAGUGAAACCCUUGAAAAGUGGAAUCAAUAUGUCACAGAAAAAAGAAUGGAAUAUUAUUAUCUGAAUGAAUUCAACAUUCAACAAAUUCUCUACCUUAGCCAGCAACUAUGUCUUUUCAAGAAAGAAAAUGUACUUUCAGAACAGGUUAGAAUGCUUUUAACUUAUGUUCAAAAAGAGUUCACACCAGAACAACUUGAGAAAAGCUUAGAAGAAGCUACUGAAAUAUAUCAGAAUUUGAAAAGAAAUUCAGCGUCUCUAGGCUCAAAUAAUCAAACUUCAAGUGAGAAGAGUGUGGAGAAUAAAGAUCUGAGUGUAAAUAAGCCAGGAGAAGCAGUACAGGAAUUGACCUUUGAAAAAGAACUUGACAUCAUCAAAACUUUAACUUCUCAAUAUGUGGUUGGUGAAGAAGUUGCAAAAGCUGCGUUGCAGUCCGAGGGCUGUGAUAACAUUGAUGAUCUAGAACACUGGAUAUUGGUGAAUUCAUCUGAAAAAGACUUAAUAUCAGAACUGUGUAAACAAUUUGAUGAAGCUGUGGCUAAAUCUAUUUAUUCCUCAGAAGAAGAUGCUGGAAACCAAGAAUAUAUUCAUUCUGAACAAUACGAGUUGAAACACAAGUUGAAUCUUGUGCACAAAUUAGCUGUUCAGCAUGGUGAAAAUGCUGCAAAAGCGGCUGUGCAAGCAGAAGGUUGUGUUGACAUUGAUGAUUUAAACUAUUGGAUAUUGGAACAUGAAUCAGACCAGAAUACUAUAUUGGAACUUAGUAAAGCAUUUGGUGAAAGCAUUGAAUUGCUUCAAAUAGACGAAAAAGACAUCCAAAUAAUACCUUUGGGGCUGACACCUAAUCAAAACACAUUAUUGGAUGUAAUUCGAAGAUUACAAGAAAUUAAUCAAGUUGAUGAAAAAAAUUCUGUUUUAAAAAUUGUCAGUACAAUUUGUGAUAGAUAUUUGGAUGAAGCAAUUGGCAUUGAUCUUCAAGAUUCUAUCAGCAUUGAGCACCUCGGAUUGUUUCUGGAUAUUUUGAGUAAAACUACUGCUGAUAAAAUUUAUCGUGAAUUACUGUCUGGUCUUAAUCAUGGACAACCAAAUGUACUGAUUUGCAAUGGAGAUGAAAUUUUGCCAACCGUCCUCUCUCUUUACCUGAAAAGUGCUAACCAGCCUCUUCCAUCCUCAUCUGAAGUUGUUAUUUGUAAUGAGGACACUACUGCUGAUGAAGUUGAUAGAUUUAUGAGAAGGGCAAUGUGUGAUUCUUCCAGAAAUGGUCAGUGUUUGUACACCCUCGCAUUUGCUGAUAAAUUGAGAUUGGACAUUUCAACUUCAUUGGAGCGGCUUUUUGGUGAAUUAACAAGCAGAAAGGAGAAAUUGAAUGAAAGUUAUCAACUAGUGAUUCUGUUAAGUGAACAGAAACAUUACCUAGCCACAUGUUUUGACAAGUAUGUUGUUGAUGGUAAAUGGAGUAGCACAACAAAAGAAAUACAAACUUAUCUCAAACGUCAUCUAAAAGUGAAAUCCAUCAGUGCUGCAGGCAUUGUAGAAGAAAAGUUUGUUGUGAAAGUCGUUGGCUCAAACAGAUCUGGAGUUGGGAAAUCUCUCCAUGUGAAACGACUGAAACAAAAAUUUGAAAACAAUAAGGAAAACACAAAAGGUUAUACAACUUCGAUACGACUGCUUGAAAAUAAACUGAGUUAUGAUUAUGUGAUAGAUGAGCUUUAUCAAGCGUACACAGAUAAAUAUCAUUUCAAGAAUGAAGAUAUGAUGUUGGCUCAUAUAGAUAUUACUCCAGCUGUGCAAUUUGGUAUUGAAGAAUUCAUUUUUAAAUUUUUUGUGCUUCGAAAUAUUCAAGGAAGAAGAGGAAAUAUCUGGACUGUAAAUUCAAAUCAUUUUUAUGCCAUUGAAGUAACUGAUUUUUUGUCUCAGGGAAAGAAAAAGUUUUUCAGCAGACAUAUAUUGAAUCUAUUACCUGGUGUGAGAUGUCUUUCUCCACUUGAAUCUUACAGACAAGAUCCGGUACAAUCAGACAAGUGUAUUGGAAUGGAUGAAAUUGAAUUUCUUUCAGAAAAAUUCCAACGACCAUAUCAGUAUUUGUUAAAGCUUGAAACUAACGAAGAUUUGGAUUCAUUUGCAUAUUCAAAACCUAACAUGGAUUCAAGGCUAUGCAUUGAAGUUCUUCUUCGUCAUUGCUGCAUGAAAAAUCCAUCAUGGGCACAACUCCAUCAUUUUUGCAGUUUUCUCAAUGUUCAGCUUGAAAACUGUGAGAAAUCAAUUUUUUGUACCAACCCAAUUUUUAAACCAGAACUUGAUGGAUUGAAAGUAUUUGCAGUUAAAUUCAUGAUCAAAAUGGCUCAAGAUUUUGCUACUCCUUCAUUGAAAAUAUCUGAUACUAGUAUGUCUGAUAGCAGCCAUGAGGAAACUGAUGUCUUUCAGAAUUAUCAAAUACGUAGAAAGUGGGAAGAAUCAGCUCAUGCUUAUUUGUUCUUUAAUGACGAUCGUAGAACAUUCACAUUUAUAAAUGUGAAAAUAAAUGAUGAUGGUCAUCUGUUGGGCUCCAAUGGUGUUAUUGUGGAACACAAUAUUGCUCCAACUGGUUUAGUCCAAGGAAUCAAACUUCAGCAGAUAGAUUUGGAAACAGAUUUUGACGCUUAUCCACGAGAAGAAAAAUUAAGACGUUUGCAACGCGUUUUAGGCUUAGUUCAAGAUGAUUAUGAUCCUGAUCCCACCUAUGAACUUACAACUGACAAUGUGCUAAAGAUUCUUGCAAUACAUAUGAGAUUUCGAUGUCAGAUUCCUGUAAUUUUAAUGGGGGAAACAGGAUGUGGAAAAACAAGGCUUGUUGAGUUCAUGAGCAAAUUGAAAGCUGGAAGACCAGAAGCUAGAGAUACACAAGUGUGUAAUAUGAUUACCUUGAAAAUACAUGGAGGAAUAACAGUUGAAGACAUUCAAGAAAGCGUUCGAAAAGCAAAGGAAUUGGAUGAAAUUAAUGAAAAAGAGCAUGAUUUGUCAACAGUUUUGUUCUAUGAUGAGGCUAAUACUACUGAGGCAAUAUAUGCAAUAAAAGAAGUCAUGUGUGACCAUAGCAUUUCUGGAAAAUCGUUCAAAGAUUCAAACUUAUGUUUUGUUGCAGCUUGUAAUCCUUAUAAACAACUAUCUAAGGAAGCGAUUGAAAAGUUGGAAAAUUCAGGUUUGGGUUAUCAGAUUCAUUCCAGCAAAACAACACACUUAUUUGGCAACAUUCCUGUCCGUACACUUGUGUACAGAGUGGUAGCUUUACCUCCGAGUAUGCAACCAUUUGUUUGGGAUUUUGGACAACUCAACGACCAGGCUGAGAAAAUAUAUAUAGAGCAAAUGACAAGAAAACUUGCAACUACUCUCAAUCUAAGUCAAAGGGGAAUUCUGAUCAUCAACAAUGUUCUUUCAGAAUCUCAAAAAUAUAUGAGACGGCAGACGAGUGAAUGCAGAUAUGUUAGUCUUCGAGAUGUAGAAAGAUGCAUGACAACGUUUGAAUGGUUCUACAGUCACAGUGAUAAAAUCUAUCUUCAUGUUGGAAAUGAAGUUUGGGAGCAAUGUGAAAGACAAGAUAAAGAAGUGCCUGAAAUUGAUGAGGAAAUUCGUACUUUAAUCCAGACUGUUGGGGUUUGUUAUCACACAUCACUAGAGGAUAGAAAAUCUUAUCGAAAUCUAUUGGAGAAGUUGUUGAAUAUAAAAGAUGUCGAUGCAAAUUACAUAGGAAUUGAGUUAGCAGCAUGUCAGUCUGUUUUUCUGCGCAAUGUGAGAAUGGAAGAUAACAUUGCAUGCAAUGAAGCUCUCCGUGAAAAUGUCUUCAUGAUAGCCAUAUGCGCUGAUAUGAAAAUUCCCCUGUUUUUGAUAGGAAAGCCGGGAAGCUCUAAAUCUCUUGCUAAAACCAUUGUUGCUAAUAACAUGGAUGGACCAUCCUCAUCCGCUCCGAUAUACAGAGAUUUGAAGAGGAUGCAAAUUAUAUCCUUCCAAUGCAGCGCGUUGACAGAUGCUGCUGGAAUUGAAAGAGUAUUUUUUCAAGCCGCUCAAUUGCAAAAAGAUGACCAGUUUAAUUCUUUUACCGCUGUUGUAGUUCUUGAUGAAAUAGGAUUGGCUGAGGACUCACCCAAUAUGCCAUUAAAAGUUCUCCAUCCACUUUUGGAACGCAGAAGUACUGAUCUGACCACUGUUUCUCAUAGUGACCAACAGAAAGUUGGAUUUGUAGGAAUUUCAAACUGGGCACUUGACCCAGCUAAAAUGAAUCGAGGUAUCUUUUUAAUGAGAAACAAUCCAACAAAUGUUGAUUUAAGAAAGACUGGUAAGGAAAUUGUUCAAAACAAGAGAAUUUGGAAACAAAAUGAAGAGAUGUUUAAAUGCUUGACUGCAUCAUAUCUUGAGUUCUACCGAAAACAAAAGAGAGAAUAUUUUGGCUUGAGAGAUUAUUACAGUCUCAUGAAAAUGCUCUGUGCAAAAUGCAGCACUUCAUGUCCUGAUAUUUCUGCCGAAAAAGUUUUGUAUGUGAUACUUCGUAAUUUUAGUGGAGGCAAUGAAACAUUUUCCCAAAGUCCGGAUCUGCAAAAAUUGCUUGCUGAUUGUGAAUUAACGAAUAUUAAUGUUAAAGAUAUGAUUCUUGACAAUCUUGGUGAAACAGAAAGCAGGUUUUUACUUCUUUUGGUGAAUCAAUUCUCUGUGAUCAGUCUUUUGGAAACUUUUGUUGAGACCGCAUACAAAGAUAUUCACAUUGUUUUUGGAUCAAGUUUCCCAGGUGAUCACAGCUAUACUGAAAUUUGCAGGAACAUAAAUCGAAUCAAAGUGUGUAUGGAGACAGGUAAAAUAGUUGUACUGCUGAAUAUGUCUGAGAUACAUGAAUCCCUGUAUGAUACUUUGAACCAACAUUAUUCAACAUUUGGUGGCCAAAACUAUGUUGAUCUCGGUCUUGGAGGUCAUAAAGUUAAGUGCAGAGUCUCAAAAAAAUUUAGAUUGAUUGUGAUUGAGAAGAAGGAUGUUGUUUUUGAACUUUAUCCCAUUCCAUUGAUAAACAGACUUGAGAAACAUUAUUUUGAUUCAAAAAGUUUAUUAGAUAAAUCUGCAAAUGAAACUGUAGAAAAAUUAACUGAGUGGACAGAUAGAUUCACGAAAAUUGAUGAGUUCAACCAAAGGGAUGCUUUUGUUGGUUUCCAUGAUGAUACAGCAUGUUCCAUUGUGCUUACUAAAGAUGCGCCUUUGAAAGAAUGUCAAAGCAUACUUUUACAGUCUUGUGCUGUAGAUGCUAUUUUGAGAUUGUCAAGAUCGGAACUUUGUCCAUCAGAUAUUGAAUUUGCUCAGGAUGAGUAUUUUAAAAAUCAACAGCAUGAUAAGCUUUCUGAUGUUUUGCAAAGUCACAUAAAGGAUCAACAGGAUUUUCAAUUUUUAGAGAUAGUGUCAUAUUCAGGCAUAUUAUCUGAAACUGAUCAAAAGGAGUUGGUGAGACAAAUUGGAGAUGAAGAUAUGGAAGUCAACAUCACAAGAUGGUCUCUUGAAUUAUUUCAAACUCAACAAGAAUAUUCAAACAAAUUAGAUAAAUUCUUUAAGAAAUGCAGUCCAAAAAUCAACAAAUCUGAUGACAACAAAUCACAUAUUUUGCUCAUUCAGUGUUCUCAAGCACAUGUUAAUACCUCACUGAUUAGCUGUGCGAAGCAUUGUUUGAUGAAUAAAAUAAGGGAAUUCCAUAUGCUUAAUUUUGAAGGUUGUAAUAAAGUAAUUGUUGCCUUGUUGCUGUCGACAGAAAGAGACAAAAGAGACAAAGAUGGCAAAAGAACAGAAACAUUUAUGCUUCAACACACACCAGAAUCUCAGAUUAUUUAUGUAGAUGACUUGCGUUCUGAUAGAUUCAUCGCACCUGUAACACAAUUUUUUGGAAAAUCAUUGAGUGAGGUUUUUGAGAUUGUAAAAAAUGCAUUUGAUGAUGAAAUAAGAUGUGGACUCAUCAAUAUCAAAACUUUGCUGAAUGAAUCAGUCUCUGAAGCUGUGUCGAAGGUACAAAAUGAGACUGGAGAUAAUAGCCGUUACUUUCAACGCAUACAAAUCCUGAAACAUCUUAUUUCUGGAAACACAAUAGCUGGGAAAUUUUUUUACAAAAUUUUUCUUUCAAAAAUUGAAGAAAUGUUUGCCCAAGAGGAUCAGCAUAAGGAAGCAAAUGAUUGGAUUGUGACUGAAGCUCAAAAGAGAGAAAAUCUGCAAGAAGGUGGAACAUUCAACAAAACUUUAUGGCUCUGUUUGAAACGUCAUACUUCAAAUUUUCUUGCAUAUGUCAUCAGCGUCGCUGAUCGCUACAACAACCUGAGUAUCAUUUUUAAUAAAAAAGUUGAUUGGAAAGUUGAUGUAUGGCUGAAAAUGUUUGAGCUCCUUGAAAUACCAAAUCUUUCUGAGAUAUCGGUUCCAAAAUUUACAAUUUCUCUUCCAAAACACCUGAAGUCAUCAGAACACUGUUUGUUCCCAUUUAGUUUUGAAAUUAUCGAGUUUUUUAGGACUGGGUUUUUGACUUUAAAAUCAGAACAUUCUGAAAACUUGACUGAAAUUCUUACAGGAUUGUUCAGAAACGAGAGGAAGAAAAUGCACGAAAUAGUUUGUCAGGCUUUAGAUAUUUCAACGCUAAGUGUCAUGAAAGCUUUUGCAUCUGACGUUGUAAUGACUUUGUUUACACCUUGUUUGGAUGAAGCUGACUUGAUUAAAGAAGUGCUUUUUACAAUGUCAAAAAAUAGGUAUGAAAGAGCCAGAUAUGAAACAGGUUUUACAAAAGGUGAUGAAAUUGCUAUUGUGUUUUUCACUUAUAAACAUCUUGAAAAAAAAAUAAACGCAUUCUCACAAAUUUUAAAAGUAUGCCCCGAAGUAUGGGCAAACAAAGAUACUUUGAUACAAAGGCAAAAGGAAUCUGUUGAGUUCAUUUUACAUGUUGAGGCCUUUAAGAAUGUUCUGGAUCUUUUGAAGAAUAAGAUUGAAAUAAUAAUCGAACCAAAUGAAUGGGUUGAGUGGCUCAACAUGACAAGAAGAAUCAAAAUGAUAUACAAUUCUGCGACAAGUGAAAUUGAUGACAAAAAGCAACUCAGAUAUGUUGCUGAUACUUGGUUGCCAUCAUCUUUACUUCAUUCAUUUCUUUUACAUAUACUUCCAUCUUUCUCUAAUGAGACAUGUGGAAACAACAAAAAAUUCUGUGACUACCUGCACGCUAUUAUAAAACCAGCAAAAAUGUUUUGUAAAGCAAUGGUUCGAAAUGAUGCAAGAGGAUCUAACUUUCUUCGUAUUGUUACAAACAUAUUAAAAAUGUGCUACAAAGAAAUUGAAUUGAGGUUGCUGACAAAAUUCAUGGACCCAAAAUGCAGAAUAUGUGGGAAGAAAGUGAGAAACCCUACUUUUUUACAAUGUGGAGAUUUUGGGUGUCAACUUUGUGUUGAACCACUUUUCAGAUUGGUGGAGGCCAGAAAAAAUUGCCCAAUAUGCCACAAGAAUAUUUCAGAUGACUUUAUACCAAAUCAAGCAAUUCUAACUCAAGAUCAGCAGCUACAACUGUGUGAAUUCCGUUCAAACUGCACUGCAUUUUUUAUAAAAUAUUUGGAAGAAUUUUGCUUCAAACAUCACAGCAACAUGAUUCCUGCCAAAAUGGAGCCACAAAUUAAAUUGUUGUUAAAAGAAUUUAUUGCUCAGGUCGAUGAUGAAAAUCGAAAAGAACUUGAGGCUACUGGACUUGAUUUAAAUGUCAAUACAAAAAGCACAAUGUUGGAAGUUUUAUUUAACCAAAAUGCAGCAUUAGUAAUAAAAGAAAUUGAUAGCUGGUUGCAACAACUUGAUGGACGUAGUAAGCAAAAUUUAAUAACUGUUCUAUUGCAGUAUUUCGAAAAGAGUCUCAAUAUUCAUGUCACAAGAAAAAUCAUGCAGAAAGAAGGACAGGUGUUUACAUCAGUUCAACACUUUCAACAGUCGGAUGAUGUUCUCAAUUGGAUGGAGCUGAGGGAAAUUGCAGAAGUAAGAUGUUGCAUAUUUCACUUAGUGUCAGACUAUGAAAGCGUUUUUGAAGAAUCUACUAUUGAAAAAAUGAAAACAUCUGAAAUCAAUCUGCUUGCUCAUAUAACAUCUCCUGAUGUAUCUCAACCUAUGAAAGAUUAUUUUAUUAAAGUUGGUUGUCACAUUUUUGGAACACCAUGGUUACGCAAGAUAGCCAGCCACCACAGAUCAGAGAAUUUGAUUUCAAAAGCAUUGAUUCAAGCUGCAGACUCAAGUGGUAAUGAUUAUUGGACGUUGCUUGGUGAUAAUUACACUGCUGUUAAAACAGAAUUGUAUGAAUUAGAAAUGGAACAUCUCGAACUUGGAAUUGAAGGAGUGUUGCGCAAUCCAAAUGGAACCAUGCUUACAAAAUUACUUGCCAUAUUUACUUGGUCCCAGCAGAAGGAUUUGAGAACUAGACAACAUAUUUUGAAUGCGUUUGAAAAUGGAAUUGGUGCGAAUCUAUUGACAAGGUCUACUGACAAGUUUUUGUAUACUAUUCUGAAAAAAUUUUUUCCCAAUCAGCAUCAGAACCACACUAUCUAUCAAUUGGUAAUACUGGUUGCUGCUGCAGCUUCUUGCAAAAAUGAAAUCAUGGAAGGAUUUUUCACCUUGAUGACAAAUACUGUUGCUUUGGAGCUGCAAUAUUUACCAGGAAUGCCCGAAGAUUUGUUUUUUGCAACGCCAGCAAAUUAUCGGUUGACUGAUAAGCAAAAUAGUUCAAUGUAUAGAUGUCCUAAUGGUCAUUUAUACAGCAUUGGGAAUUGUACUCGACCAACACACACAGCCCAAUGCCCUACAUGCAAGAAAACAAUUGGAGGUACAAACCAUAGGCCUGUAAGUGGUAAUGAAAAAAUAGUUCUGACACCUCAAAGUCAAGCUGGAUAUAAAAGGAGUUCUGGUGAUAGUAGGUUGUCACAUGCAGCUGAACGAAUUUCACCACAAGGCGCAGCUGUGGUUGAAUUUAUAUUGCAUUCUUCCAUGCUUAUUGGUUUGCAAAUUGAUCCAGUAACAAUAUCAAGAAUGCUGGGUUUUAAUGAUGAUCUUCAGUCUUUCAAUUACCUUAGACUGCAACUUGAUAAAAGUUUGCAAGAUUUGUCAAAAUCGCUUUCGAAGAACUUGGAUGAUGCAGUUCUUAUAUUGUCCCAAAUUCUCUUAAGAAUUGUGAGAGAGUCACCUGCUAACCAUCGAGAAAAUUGGACAACCUUGGAAGAACGUAGGGAUUGGGAGCAAAGAUUCCGACAAAACUAUAUACUUCCUGUAUUUCAAAAUAUUGAGAGAGAACUUAUAGAAGCACAAAGCAUCAUGACAAGAGCUGAGGACGCCACAAGUGCACCAUUAAUCAGACUACUGCAUGACGUAUCGACUGCAGAAGAAUUAGAAGCACCAUUCAAUCACGAUCAUGUCUCGCUUUGGAAUUUCAUAGAUCAUCCAAAUUUAAAUCAUCUUUCACAAAAGCUAUCAGAUUGUCUAGAUCCUAAUCUUGGUAAAGUGGUAAAGAUAUUACUCCGAACACCCAAUCUGCAUCUUGUGAAAGACUUGCAGCAUGUUCUUCAAUUGCAGCGUUCUAUGAUUGAAAAGUAUAGCCGCAAAAUUGACAUGAAAGACUCGGAUGAAGUAACUUUCAGAGAUUACUUGACUGAGUAUGGAGCCGAUGAUGAGAAACUCAUUCAAAAAUAUAUUCUGUCAUGGAAUAAGAUUUUGCCCUUCUUGCAAAAUUGUACUCCAGAAAAAAUGCAAAAAUAUAGUGUUGAGAUAUCUGAAGACAGUCCUAUAUCGAGUGGUCUUCCAACUAUUAGAGGAAGAGGACAGUUUGCUAAAUUUAUUGCGGAAUACCUGAUUGAUAUACAAAAUGAUUUUCUUUCCAAUUGCGGCUUUGCCAUGGAUUCAAGUUUGAUGGACGAGGAAGUUGAAGUGCCUGAUCUUGUUUCAGCUGAUUUUAUUUUCAUUGAUGAACAUCGUGAUUUGAUAUCUUUGUUAUACAAGCAUUCAAAUUAUGAUAUUGCAUUUGAUGAGAACGGAAAACACCAUCGUAUCUCUUAUAAUAUUGAUGCACUUGAAAAACAGAUUAUUGAGAAAUUUGUACUGGAUAAGAAACUGAUCAAGAAAAAUACACUACCGUAUAUGAAAUACCCACAAGAUUUUGGAAUUGGAUCUGAUUGGAAAAUAGUGUCUGCAAACAUUGAGCAGGAGUCACUCACAGCUAAAUUAGCCCAGGACGUUGACAGACAAGCAGAAAGAUGUUUAUCGUCAGAGAUAUGUACAGGAGUGAGAACAUUGUCAACUGCAAUUGCACUAUUAGCUGUGGUGAAAAUUGAUGCUUCCCAGUUUCUGUGUGAGUUUCUUGAGCGAGACCUUCAAAUAUCAUCCUCACAGACUUUCAUGAUUCCAAAAUCUGCCCACAUCAAGCAUAUACUAUCUUUAUAUCAAAGGUUGUCUUGGCAUAAAUCUGUCCAAUUUGUUCAGCAAGGGCUUGACCCAUACAGAGAAGCUUUAUCAACAAUUGAUCAAGAAAACAUUCCACUGGAAGCUGAUAUAGCAGAAUCACUGGAAAGAACAGAUAUUGCAAAGUUACAGCAGAAAAUUAAUGAAAUGUUGAUAACUAUGCCCGAAGAUCUGCAAGGAAACUGGAGUCUGGUUGAAGAUGUCUUUCCAAAUAUUAAAUUUCUUGAUCAAAACGAGGACGACUCUUGGUACUGCAACUUACCUGCUGAAUUGUGCUGCAAACACAUUUCUGAUCUUUUCUCCUACACGGUUCAUUAUCUUGCAAGAGCUUCAUGAGCAUACUUUCAACCUGGUUUUAGCUUUAAACAUAGUAAUUGAAAAUCUUCUCUCUAUGACUGAUCAGUAUAGUAUAUUCAUACUCAUCAUUCAUUGUAUUAAUUACCAAUUUAUGUUUGUUCAUUAAAAAAACAUAUGAUGAUUUUAAGUAAUUACUAAACUUGUUAUUUCUAGAAUUGUAUAUUCCUUUUAUUUAUGCAGAAUUGGCAUUUUUCCUUGUUAUCUUCAAUAUAAUUAUUGACUUCAAGACUGAGAGUAAUUUGUUUUAUGAAAUAGUGGGUGCAAAUUAAUAGCGUUUUAUUCGAGAUAAUUAAUUUUCAAAUCCUGAUCAUGUUUCUGUAUAUUUCAAACAAUUUCUGACAAGAAAUAAAAUUACUGUGGCUAAGCAGU